UGUCGGAAAACGUUUUCAGCUCCCUUUCUUUUUCGAAUUGGAAAAAUUGUACAGCAGCUGUUCUCCAUCUCUUUCGACGGACUGUGGGUGGACUGUACAAGGCAGGAGGCGUGGAAGGCCGAGUCUUCGACCUGCAGCCGGACCCUUCUCACAAGCCUUGAAGCAGCGUUUCGAGCUCCAGUGUUUCGAAAGCUCGGCACGGUGUCGAAACCUCAGUAUCGAGCGGCCCAUCACUACUGGCUGGUCAUUCAGGUGGAAGACACGAGACGAGAAAGAUAACAAGGAAGCUACAGUCACUAGUUGUCCAAUAUGGAGAAGAAGAGUCCAACUGUCCAGGGACCUCAUCAUGAGACACACAAAUAUGAAGAGGGCAUCUCAGAAGUUCAGAGGGACAAGGAGGAGACAAAUCCCACACUGCCCUGGGGCCUUCUUUUGAUGAAUGGGAUAGAAGUCGAUGAGGAGCACUGUAUAUGGAGGUCUGGAGAUCUAGAACAGGAGUGUGUCUGCAUAAAAGAGGUGGAGGAGGAGGAGGACUAUGAUAGUGGACCUCUAGACUUUACAGUAGACUCUGAGCUGAUGUCUUAUAUCACUAAGCAGAAAAAAGAAACUGUUGACAGUUUGAAGGAAGAAGACCUCAAGCAGGGGUCUGACAGGCAUUGUGUUAAUCCAGAUGAAGAGGGUCCUGGUUUAGGAUGCACACCGAGUGGACACUGCUCCAUACCGCAUCAUUCUGUCAAUAUGACACAUGAAUCUGACAUGAAUCUGACAGGCUCAAGUCCUUCUGGAGAAGGUGAGACUCAUCAAACUUGGCACACUGACAGGUACUCCACCCUGCACUGGAGGAACUGUGUUGGUCACGUCAAUCAGAGAGAAAAAGAAAAAUCUGCUGUUUAUUGGAACAUCUCAAUGGAUGUGAAACAGGAGACCUGUGAUGUGGAUAUGAGUUUCAUAGAAAACUGUAAAUAUUAA